AUGGCAGAUCUUCAGCAAGCAAUCCUUCAAAUGGCGGAGCUCCUGCAGAAGCUAGCGCAGCCGACACCAGCACCUAGCAACCCGGAGCAAACAAUCGAAGCCUUAGCAACGAACAUUAGUGAAUUUUCAUUCGACCCGGAAAACGGAAUAACCUUCGAGAAGUGGUACAGCCGUUACGAGGACCUUUUCGAUUCCGACGCCAGGAACUUGGACGAUGCCGCCAAGGUCCGACUGCUGCUGCGAAAGUUGGAUACACCGCACAUACCCGAAAAAUUUCGGAGCGCAAAUGUCCAUAUUCAGCAAACGGUACCAGUGUUUGCAGCUAGUAAAACGGAAGCAGAGGACAUAAUCAAUUACGCUGGCAAAGUCAACCGUGCUUGUGAGGAUUUUGACUUCAAAAACAUGAAAAUUGAUCAAUUCAAAUGCCUGAUGUUUGUCUGUGGUCUCAAAGGUCAUGGCUACGCGGACAUUAGAGCAAGACUACUCUCCAGAAUCGAAAACGAAGUAGCAGGGACACCCGUCACUCUUCAAACCCUGAUCGACGACUAUCAACGGCUCGUCAAUCUUCAAGCGGACACUUCCAUGAUCGAGCGUCCAUCAUUCUCGAAAUCAACGGUGCACGCACUUCAAGAAAAGAAUGACAGAGGAAUCCAUCGUCAGAAACAGCCAUCGAAGCCGGAAAGUAAAACUCCCCGCACCCCUUGUUGGCAAUGUGGACAAAUGCACUAUGUUCGGGAUUGUUCAUUCGCAAAUCACAUGUGCAAAGAAUGCAAACGGGUUGGCCACAAAGAGGGUUAUUGCAGCUGCUUUUCCAAGCAAAAAUCAGUGAAACCGGAAGAGGAGAAAAAGUCAUCAUUCAAAUCCAGCAAAUCCACCAGAAAAGCAAAAUCCCGAGGCGUAUAUGUUGUGAACCACAUCGCUCAACAUUCAAACAAGCGAAAGUACGUGCCCACAUUCAUUAAUGGCGUAGCAACCAAGCUACAAUUGGAUACAGCAAGCGACAUCACGGUGAUCCAGAAACAAAUGUGA